GACUUUUCCGAUUGUCGCGUGUUUCGAGGUCUUGAGUGAUCAAUUCAUUUGAUUCUUCUUUCCAUUUCAGUCUCAGAACUUCACCAUCCACUCCACUACAUCACACCACACAUCAUGUUGGGUCGUUGCGGACGACAGGCUUCGCGCCUGCUCCCGCGCACUGCGAAGCCGGCCUUCGUGCUCCCUCGUCCUAUGCGCUCGGCGGUCGCUUCGUUUCCUUCUAUGCCUGUUCAAUCUCGUUCUGUUUCCUCCUCCAGCCCUGAAGUGCAACAAAAUUUGCUUUCCGCCCAUCUCGAAGAGUCCGACCCCGCCAUCUACCAGAUCCUCCAGAAGGAGAAAAAACGCCAACAACAUUUCAUCAACCUCAUCCCCUCCGAGAACUUCACCUCCCAGGCCGUCCUCGAUGCCUUGGGCAGUGUUAUGCAGAAUAAAUACUCCGAGGGGUAUCCUGGAGCUCGGUACUACGGAGGCAAUGAGUUCAUUGAUCAGUCUGAGCGCCUCUGUCAGCAGCGAGCGCUGGAGACCUUCAGUCUCAACCCGGAAGAAUGGGGCGUGAACGUGCAGCCUCUGUCCGGAUCCCCUGCCAACCUGUACGCCAUCUCUGCCGUCCUAAACACCCACGACCGCCUGAUGGGUCUCGACCUGCCCCACGGCGGACACCUGUCCCACGGCUACCAGACACCUACCAAAAAGAUUUCUUUCAUCUCGAAGUACUUUGAGACUCUGCCAUAUCGGUUGGACGAGUCGACGGGUCUCAUCGACUAUGACAGUCUUGCGAAACAGUCUCUUCUCUACCGCCCCAAGAUGAUCAUCGCCGGUACCUCGGCCUACAGCCGUUUGAUCGACUACGCGCGCAUGCGCGAGAUCGCCGACGCCGCCGGUGCGUAUCUGCUCAGUGAUAUGGCGCACAUCUCCGGUCUGGUCGCCGCGGGCGUCCUCCCCUCGCCGUUCACCCACUCCGACAUCGUGACGACCACUACACACAAGUCCCUGCGCGGUCCGCGCGGGGCGAUGAUCUUCUACCGCAAGGGUGUCCGCCGGACGGACAAGAAGGGCAACAAGGAGAUGUACGACCUCGAGGGUCCGAUCAACGCCUCCGUCUUCCCCGGCCAUCAGGGCGGGCCCCACAACCACACAAUCACCGCCCUGGCCGUGGCGCUGAAGCAGGCCCAGUCGCCCGAGUUCAAGACCUACCAGCAGACCGUGCUGGCCAACGCCCAGGCUCUCUCGGAGCGACUGGGAUCGCCCCUCAGCAGCGGCGGGCUGGGCUACAACAUCGUCUCCGGCGGCACCGACAACCACUUGGUGCUGGUGGACCUUAAGAACCGCGGGGUGGACGGCGCGCGCGUGGAGCGGGUCCUCGAGCUGUGCGGUGUCGCCAGCAACAAGAAUACGGUGCCGGGCGACCGGUCGGCGUUGAAGCCCGGUGGCCUGCGUCUGGGCACGCCCGCCAUGACGACGCGGGGCUUCCAGCCGGAGGACUUCCGUCGGGUGGCGGAUAUCGUGGACCGGGCGGUGGUCAUCACCCAGAAGCUGGACAAGGCCGCCAAGGAGAGCGCGACGGCCAAGGGUGUCAAGAACCCGAAUACGGUCAAGGCCUUCCUGGACUACGUGGGCGAGGGUGAGGAGAUCUCGGACAUUGUGCAACUGCGCCAGGAGGUCGAGGACUGGGCGGGCACGUUUAGUCUGCCGUGGGCCAAGGACGAGUAGUUUCGUUGUUUGUUGCUAAGUUUUUUUUGUUGUCUGCAUGCCUGCGAAGAACCAUAUCCCUACUAGAUGAAUG